AUGUCGGUCGUGGGGGAGGGGCGCGCGGAGGAGGCGGGGGCCACAUGCCCGCUGGGGAACGCCGCCGCGGCGCGUGAGUGCGCCGUUGACGCGGCGGAGUGUGAGCGGCUGAAGAAGCGGGGCAACGAGCUGUUUGCCGGCGGGGCGGUGGCGGAGGCUUUGGAGAUGUACCGUGCGGCGCUGAAGGUGGCGCCGCUCAAACCCGUCCGAAAGGAAUCGGCGGCUCAGGCCGGGAAGGAGGCCCCGGGCGACGAGAAGCCCUCCGCCGCUGCGACGCAGCCGGACUCGCGCCCCGCAGAGGAGGGCGGCAGCGGCACCGGCAGGCACCGGCACCGAAUGUGA